AUGUCCAAAGUUGUGCGCAGCGUCAAAAAUGUCACCAAGGGUUAUUCGUCGGUACAGGUGAAGGUCCGAAAUGCCACUAGCAAUGACCCCUGGGGACCGACCGGUACGGAAAUGGCAGAGAUUGCCUCGAUGACCUUCAGCAGUCCUACCGAUUUCUACGAAAUCAUGGAUAUGCUGGACAAGCGACUGAACGACAAAGGCAAGAACUGGCGCCACGUGUUGAAGUCAUUGAAGGUUUUGGAUUACUGCCUGCACGAGGGCUCGGAACUCGUGGUUACUUGGGCCCGCAAGAACGUCUACAUCAUCAAGACCCUCCGCGAAUUUCAAUAUGUCGAUGAGGAUGGCCGAGAUGUUGGACAGAAUGUUCGCGUCGCGGCAAAGGAACUCACUUCCUUGGUUAUGGACGAAGACCGAUUGCGAAGCGAACGAUCCGACCGGAAGCUGUGGAAGACUCGCGUCAGCGGCCUAGACGAAUAUCCCGGUUACGGCAACGAACCUACAUCACCCCGCCGAGCAGACCGACGCGAACGCCGGCGUCCCGCGGAUGACGAUGAUACGGAAUACCGCUUGGCGAUCGAGGCGAGCAAGCAUGAAGCCGAAGAAGAGCGGAAACGACGCGCCAAGGAAGCCUUGGGAGUAGACGACGACGAAGAUCUGGCUAAAGCGAUCAAGCUCAGCAAGGAAGAGGAGGAAUUGCGCAAACGAGAGCUGGAAGAAAGCAACGCGCAAUCGCUCUUCGACGACACUCCCGUCCAGGCGGCUCCGGCACAGGCGACUGGUUACAACCAGGGAUACCAGCAACAGGGUGCCGUGGACUGGUUUGGCAAUCCGAUCAACCCUCAGCAGCCCCUGACCACCGGAUACCUGAACAACCAAUACGCGCAGUCCACCGGUUUCCAAAAUCAGAACACUGGAAUGCCCAAUGGAUACACCAACGGCUUCCAACAGCAGCAGCAGCAGCCCUCGGUCUUUGACCAAAACCCAUAUGGCCAGUCUAUGAACAACUAUAUGCAGCCUCAAGCGACCCUUCAGCCUCAGCAUACCGCUUUUAGCACCAACAAUCCCUACGGCACCGACAUGUUCUCCCAGCAGCAGCAACCUCAGCAACUGCAACAACAGCAACAGCCGCAACAAUUCCAGCAACAAGAUAACUUCCUCUCGCCGGGGCACAACAACCCGUGGGCCAGCCCGCAGCCGGCCGAUGCUCUGAAACCGAUGCAGACCGGAUCCAACAACCCAUUCGCCGCUCGCACCCAAUUCCAGAACCGACCUGCGACGUCGGGACCCCCCUCGUUGAACACCUUGGCUGAGGAGCGCGUUACCAACCAAUUCGGUGCGCAGAACAACCAAUUUGGUUCGGCCAACCCCAUCGCCAACUUCCAGGCUCCCAUGGCCCCUGCUCCGCCGAAGAGCACCCCUCCCACCAACGAUCCUCAUCACAACCGUCUCAAUGCGCUCCUCGCCACUGGUGAAGGUCAGGAUACAUUCGGCAACGUCGGUGAUCUUCGAAUUCCGGCCCAGCAUACAGCUCCGGGCACCUUCGUCAACUCGGCCGGACAAGGGUUGAAUCGUCUCCAAGCCACGCCAACCGGCAGCAACCCGUUCUUCAGCCAACAACAGCAAUUUGUACCACAGCAGACCGGAUUUGCACAGCCUACCAACAACCCCUGGGGAGGUCAGCCGGCAUACCGCCAGCAACAACCUCAGGCAGGUGGCAGUCUAAUCGACCUGUGA